CUUCGAUCCCAUGAGCCGCAGACGAGCUGCUCCUACGUGGCUUCCAACGUUACCGGCACUGCAGGAGGAAGCGUUAAAGAGAGCAACAAAAAGGACGAACACGCGCAGCUGCCAGGGCCGCCGCGGGCUCCGCGGGGCAACGGCUGUAACUUUCCCCUUUUAAUGGUGACUGCUUCAGAAACACAGAUUUUGACUUGAGGAGAAAGCAGAAAAAAAGGAAGCAGGUCAGCUCUUCCCUGGUGGUAUUUCUAAGCUCAUAUGAAGGAUGUUGAAGAGACUGUCUCACAUAAAGAUCUUGAAAGGCUGCAGGGACUUCUUUGCCAGCGAGAACUAAAGCAUGGCUGCCAUCCAGGAAGUGAGUGGAUUUUUCAUUCUAUUUCCCUGAAAAACUUGCCAAAUUCCUGAGAAACAAGGGUUUUUUCUGAAGUUGUUGAAGCUUAUAUGAACAGAGAAGAGGAAAUUUUUUUUUAGCCCUGGAAAGCUACCUGGUAUUUGAAAUGCUGAAGAGGAAAUUACGGUUUUGCUACAACUCACGCUUCAGGCUUUUCUUGGGUCUAACUCUCAUUUUAGUAGUAAUUUCAGUUUUGAAAGUUAACCAGAAAGAAGACUUCCUAAAUCGGAGGCAUCUGGAGCUAACAAAAGAAGAUCCUAUUAGCAAUGUUAACUGCACCAAGAUAAUUGAGGGUGAUAUAGAAGAAAUACAAAAGGUACAGCUUGAGGCAUUAUCAGUAUCAUUUAAGAAACGCCCCAGACUAACAACAGAUGAUUAUAUUAACAUGACUGCAGACUGUGCCUCCUUCACCAAGACUAGGAAAUACAUUAUGGAACCUCUCAGUAAUGAGGAAGCAGAAUUUCCAAUUGCUUACUCAAUAGUGGUUUAUCACAAAAUUGAGAUGCUUGAUAGACUUCUAAGAUCAAUCUAUGCUCCACAGAAUUUUUACUGCAUUCAUGUAGACAAAAAGUCUCCAGAAUCCUUUUUUGCUGCUGUGAAGGGAAUAGUCUCGUGUUUUGAUAAUGUCUUUAUUUCCAGCCAGUUAGAGAGUGUGGUAUAUGCUUCAUGGAGCAGAGUGCAGGCCGACAUUAAUUGCAUGAAAGAUCUCCACAGAAGAAGUUCAAACUGGAAAUACCUAAUAAACCUAUGUGGUAUGGACUUUCCUAUAAAGACCAACAAGGAAAUAGUAGAGAAAUUGAAAGCUCUUAAGGGUGAAAACAGCUUGGAAACAGAAAAAAUGCCUGUUUAUAAAGAAGUAAGGUGGAAGAAACACCAUGAGAUUAUUGAUGGUAAAAUAAAGAACACCGGGAUAGACAAACAACUACCACCUCUCAGUACUCCAGUUUUUUCAGGCAGUGCCUAUUUUGUAGUUAGCAGGAGUUUUGUAGAAUAUGUACUAGAAAACAGCAAAAUACUUAAAUUCAUUGAGUGGGCGAAAGAUACUUACAGCCCAGAUGAGUACCUGUGGGCAACAAUUCAAAGAAUCCCUGAAGUCCCAGGCGCUUUUUCUUCCAGUGACAAGUACGACGUUUCUGACAUGAAUGCCCUGGCCAGGUUUGUCAAAUGGCAAUACUUUGAAGGUGAUGUGUCCAAAGGUGCACCCUACCCACCAUGCAGUGGAGUUCACAUUCGCUCUGUCUGUGUUUUUGGAGUAGGAGACUUGAACUGGAUGCUACGAAACCACCACUUAUUUGCUAAUAAGUUUGACACUGAUGUCGACCCUUUUGCAGUGAAAUGCUUGGAAGAGUAUUUGCGGCACAAAGCUCUGUAUCUGCAAAAGAACUGAAACGUCUGCUCCUCGUAGGAAACAUAGGUACACAUAUUCUACUGCGACGUACUUUACAGCAAUCGUGGUGGUGCUGAUAAUGGGUAUAAUAACUCUCACCAUGUUGGUGUGGUGCUGCUCAUGCCCUGCCUUGUCCAUGGACAAGGGGGAGAAAACAUGUCUUGAGUAUGCCUUGUGGCACACUAAAGUUUGGAGUUUAGGUACAAAAUCAGACAGCAGUUUUUGGAAAGUCAACUAUUUGGAAUAUUUAUUAUCUAGAAGAUAUAAUUAAUGGACUUCCUUUGGCUAAACUCUUAAGGCAUAGAAAAUGCAUGUUGUUCAUGGUUAUUCUCAAUUUUUUUUUCCAUGAAUGUAAUGCUAGCUGGAAGAGAAAGAUGACGGGGUGGGGUACAAAGCAGCUGGACUGCACUUCAUACUGAAUACUAAAAGAUCUCAGGUAUAUAACAUUAGAAAUUAUCUAAAAGCUAUGCAAAAGGGGAUAUGCAAAGCCAGCUGUUACCAUUUUACUUUGAUCUGUUUGCUGCAGUUCUGUUACAUGUAAUUCUUAAUCCUCCUGAAAAAUUUGUCUUCAGCAUGGAGUAUUAAAGAAUUCAAAUCUUUUGUAUUCUUAAAGCACCCUGAUAUUGUGAUAUAAAGUUUAUACACUAGUUUGUAAUUACUUCUUCUCAGGGAAACUUCAGUUUUGUGCCUGAUGAGAUUUAGACUUGUAAUUUUACAUUUCUUACUGUAUGGGGAGUUUUGCUUUUGUAUCCAAAAUUGCUGAAGUUUCUCAAAGAACUGCAGUAGUGGCUAAAUAUUACUGAUGGAACUGCUGGUUUCUACUUUCUGUCAAGCUCAACUUGCAUUCCAGAUUAUUUUAACACUAAGUAUGAAAAAAAUAAAAUUAUUUUUUUAAAU